AUGGAGAGUGUGAAUGGGAAGAGAGCACAGGAAGAAGCAGGGCCUUCUGAUGGAACCAAACAAGAAAUGACUGAGAAAGUAAGUAAUGCUUUGAAUGAUGGUAGGGUAGAGGAGGAAGAAGCAGACGAGGAGGAAGAUGGAGGCCUUGAAGAUAGUAAAAAUGGCUCCUUUGUUCCUGGGCCGCUUGUUUCUCUCAAGGAACAGAUCGAACGGGACAAGGAGGACGAAAGCCUAAGGAGGUGGAAGGAGAAGCUGUUGGGUUGCUUGGAAAGUGAUUUAGAUGGUCAAUUGGACCCUGAAGUGAAAUUCCACUCCAUAGGAAUUCUCUCUGAGGAUUUUGGUGAACUUGUUACUCCUUUACCUGUGGACCAUAAUCGGAAUGGUUGUACUCUAUUCACUCUCCGAGAGGGGUCUCGCUAUCAGCUUAAGCUAAAAUUUAGUGUUCUGCACAACAUUGUGUCUGGCUUGACAUACUCCAAUACUGUGUGGAAAGGAGGGCUUCAAGUUGAUCAGAGCAAAGGAAUGUUGGGUACUUUUGCUCCUCAAAGGGAACCAUACGUAUAUGCCUUGAAGGAGGACACCACUCCCUCUGGUGCACUUGCAAGGGGUGUUUACUCAGCCAAACUCAAGUUUGAAGAUGAUGAUAGAAGGUGUCACAUGGAACUCAAAUAUUUAUUCGAGAUAAAAAAGAGCAGCUAG